UAAAAGCAGGUGCGGACGUUGGGAACUGGAACCAGAGGGCAGUUGGACAUCCAGGAGCUGGCCCCUCGCCGGUCUCCCACCUACCAUGUUCAACGACUCCAGCUUCUCCUGCGCCCACCCCUCCGUGCUGGGCUACCGCUACGUGGCGGUGAGCUGGGGGGUGGUGGUGGCGGCGACGGGCACGGUGGGCAACGCGCUGACCCUGCUGGCCUUCUGGGCCGAGCCCAAGCUGCGCACCCGCUUCAACGCGCUCAUCGCCAACCUGACCCUGGCCGACCUGCUCUACUGCACCGUGCUGCAGCCCUUCUCCGUGGACACCUACCUCCACCUGCGCUGGCGGACGGGGGGCACCUUCUGCCGGACCUUCGGGCUCCUGCUCUUCGCCUCCAACUCCGUCUCCAUCCUCACCCUGUGCCUGAUCGCGCUGGGCCGCUUCCUCCUGGUGGCCCGGCCGGCGCUCUUCGGCCGCGUCUUCUCGCGCCGCGGGGUGGCCCUGGCCGUGGCGACCACGUGGGUGGCCGGGCUGGGCAGCUUCGCCCCGCUCUGGCCCGUGUUCGUACUGGUCCCCGCCGUCUGCACGUGCAGCUUCGACCGCAAGCGCGGCCGGCCUUACACCACCAUCCUCAUGGGCUUCUACUUCGUGCUAGGCCUCAGCUGCAUCGGCGUCUUCUACUGCCUCAUCUACCGGCGAGUCCGUGGGGCCUCCCGGGCCCUCCAGCGCUACCGACUGUCCCGGAGCGGGACCUCGACCCAGCUGGACAACGCUCCCCCCGGACACUACCGGGAGCUGGACAGCGGCCUGGCCUCGGGGGAACCCUCGUCGGAGCAGUCCACCGGACAGAUGCAGGACGGGGAACGGGCCUCGGGGGACGGGGAGCCGGGGAAGAUCGUGGGACCCAAGCCCGGGCGGGGGGCACCGCCCCGUGCCGCGACCGCCGAGGGCUCUUCGGAGACCGGGAAGGUGACCCGCAUGUGCUUCGUCGUGUUUCUCUUCUUUGCGCUCAGCUACAUCCCCUUCCUGCUGCUCAACAUCGUCGACAUGCGAGGCCGGGCGCCGCGGGUCUUGCAUAUGAUCUCCGCCAACCUGACCUGGCUCAACAGUUGCAUCAACCCGGUGCUGUACGCGGCCAUGAACCGCCAGUUCCGCCAGGCCUACGGCGCCGUGCUGCUCCGGGGUCGCCGUAGCUUCAUCAGGCUGCGCUGAGGCCCGCGGGAACCCCGGCGUCGCGGCCCACGGAGGCCACCCGUUGCCGCUCCUCCCGGCUCCCGGGACUCACGCUGGCCCGCAGGGGGGCCGGGGCAACCCAAGCCACCUCGCUGGGCCUCGGUUUCCUCCCCUGUCAAAUGGAGAGAAGGUCCCCACUCUCCCUCCCUCUCAAACUGUGCACCGCAGAUGAGGAGCUGGGAUCGACACCAGGGUUUGGCACUUAAUACAUUCCCCAAUCGCUAACUGGGGGCUGGGGGGGGGCAGCGUUUAUGAUUGGUAAUAAAUCACUGACUUUUAGCUACUUCUCCCCGACAGAUCCUUCGCGGGUACGGAGCGGAGCAGGGCACAAGGUGGAUCCGAGGGACAGAGUGGGAAAAAAAAAUAGCCAUGGUGGAUAGAGAUUUUCGCUCUACCGCAAAACGGAUCUAGGUGACCUCAAGUGCCCCCCAGGACCACCUCCCUUCCCGUCAUCCCUCCAAUGUCCCCCGGCCGGUCUGGGCCCUUCAGGGCCGGACACUUGGGUUCCAUCCAUGGCCUCCCUGCCCCCUUUCCCUCUUCCUCUGUCACCAUCCCGGGCUUGUGAAAUAGGAAG